GUUUAAAAUUUGCAUGUUUUCUUGUGAUGUGUUGCGUGUUUCUCCUGUAAUCGUAUUAUUGACAUGAUAAUAUUGGUACGCAGCAACCCUACAUUCGUACCAUAAUGUGGGCCGUCAGGAUUAGCAGCUAAAGCAGCCAGAGAUUCAAACCGGUGUCGUUGGCGCGCUAGGCUAGCUAAACGCUAGUUAGCUCAACUUUAGGCUGUUCCGUCUGUGAGGAUUCGCCCCGAUUCCCGAAAUGUCGUUUAGCGCCGUUCACGGAACGCUAUCGAGCCUGAAGUCGUGCCAGGCGGACAUCCUGACGGGAAUGGACAUAGUGACAGACGUGGCUUUGGACCUGGUGGAAGCGCAGGAUGGAGAAGUGAAUCCUGGCAUCAAAAUGCUGGAGGACAUGAUUCUGGACUGUGCCAAGCUGGACCGAGAAAUUAACUACUUUGUGGAUGUUGUACAACAAGUCACAUCUGAGGUUGCCACUCAGCAGCCAGAGGCCAUGUUCAGCCUGUCUGACAAAGUGAAGGAGCGGUUUGCACAGAGAACAGACACACUCGCUGACACCGAACUCCACCAUCACCAGAAAGUCGUCGCUUUCAAAAGCAGCAUCGCUAGCUCCUCCAGUCAAGCCAACCAAGAGUCAGCAGACAACAUGGAGGAGGUAGAUGAGGACAUUGCUGUUACACAGAGUCAGGUCAACUUUACCUGCCCAGUCACACAGGUGGAAAUGGUGAACCCAAUGAAGAACAAGAAGUGUAACCACCAUUAUGAGGAAACAGCCAUACUGGACAUGAUCAAAGCAAAGCGCAGCCAGAAAAAGAAAUGCCGCUGUCCUGUGGUGGGCUGUGGAAACACAGACGUGAAAGAGUCUGACCUCAUUCUUGACCAGAUACUGAGGAGAAAGAUCCAGAGCCACAAGAGAAAAGCCAACCGGACCUAGUAAAACCCAUGGGUUGAGGCAGAGUAUUGAGAUUGUUGUUAACCAGCUGAGUUGUGUUUUUGAAUGAUUGUUUGCAUUUCAGGUGGACUGUUAUGUGCAUUUCAUACAUGCAGAGUGUAAAUAAAAAGGUUUCUUAUUUUAAUACCACUAAA